AUGUGUCCCGGACCCGAAACUGAGCCCAAUGGGCAGGUGAACGGUGCCAACGGCGCUGCCAAUGGUAACGGCGAGCACCCCGGCUUCACUGGCAUCGAGACCCGCCAGAACCCCCACCCUUCCGCCUCCCGCAAUCCCUAUGGCCACAACGUCGGUGUGACCGACUUCCUGAGCAACGUUUCCCGCUUUAAGAUUAUUGAGAGCACCCUGCGUGAGGGCGAGCAGUUCGCCAACGCUUUCUUCGAUACCCAGAAGAAGAUCGAGAUCGCCAAGGCCCUCGAUGACUUUGGUGUGGACUACAUCGAACUCACCAGCCCCUGCGCUUCCGAGCAGUCGCGUGCCGACUGUGAGGCUAUCUGUAAGCUCGGCCUGAAGGCCAAGAUUCUCACUCACAUUCGUUGCCACAUGGAUGAUGCCCGUGUUGCCGUCGAGACCGGCGUUGACGGAGUUGAUGUCGUCAUUGGCACUUCGUCCUACCUUCGCGAGCACUCCCACGGCAAGGAUAUGACCUAUAUCAAGAACACCGCCAUUGAAGUUAUCGAGUUCGUCAAGUCCAAGGGCAUUGAGAUCCGUUUCUCCAGCGAGGACUCCUUCCGCUCGGAUCUGGUCGAUCUCCUCUCCAUCUACUCUGCUGUCGACAAGGUCGGUGUUCAGCGUGUGGGUAUUGCCGAUACCGUCGGCUGUGCCUCUCCCCGCCAGGUUUACGAGCUCGUCCGUGUGCUGCGUGGAGUUGUUGGCUGCGAUAUCGAGACUCACUUCCACAACGACACUGGCUGUGCCAUCGCCAACGCCUACUGUGCCCUCGAGGCCGGUGCCACUCACAUCGAUACUUCCGUUCUGGGUAUCGGUGAGCGUAAUGGUAUCACUCCCCUCGGUGGUCUGAUGGCCCGCAUGAUGGUCGCCGACCCUGAAUAUGUCAAGAGCAAGUACAAGCUCGAGAAGAUCAAGGACAUUGAGGACCUUGUCGCCGAGGCCGUCGAGGUCAACAUUCCCUUCAACAACUACAUUACCGGUUUCUGUGCUUUCACCCACAAGGCUGGUAUCCACGCCAAGGCCAUCCUCAACAACCCCUCCACCUACGAGAUCAUCAACCCCGCCGACUUUGGUAUGACUCGUUACGUCCACUUCGCCUCUCGUCUGACUGGCUGGAAUGCGAUCAAGUCGCGUGCCCAGCAGCUCAAGCUCGAGAUGACCGAUGAUCAGUACAAGGAGUGCACUGCCAAGAUCAAGGCCUUGGCUGACAUUCGUCCCAUUGCCGUCGAUGAUGCCGACAGCAUCAUCCGUGCUUACCACCGCAACCUCAAGUCCGGCGAGAACAAGCCCCUCAUGGAUUUGACUGCCGAGGAGCAGGCUCAGUUUGCCGCCAAGGAGAAGGAGCUUGCCCUUGAGGGCCAGAAGGCUUAA